AUGAUCCGGAAGAAGGGGUCGGAGGCAGGCGCUCAGGACACCAGCCUGCUCAUCGCCCUGGACAAGAGCCGCUCCCGCCUGUCCAGCGGCUCCUCCGGCACCGUCUACAACGGGGUGCCCUACGCCGGCUUCGAUGAAGAGGAAGAGGACGAUCCCGUCGACGUGUACGGUGACGAAGGCUACAGCCCCAACCUCAGGGGCAACUACUUCCGAGAUGGGCAAACCAAGAUCGACUUUGUGCUGGUCUGGGAGGAGAAGAGCCGCCCCCCGAAGAAGAGGAGGGGGAAGCUGGCUUCCCACGAGGGCAGCAGGGAGGCAGCCCCUGAGGCCAGAGACGACCGGCCACGCGGGCACCACGAGCACUGGAAGAGGAAGUUCCUCAACAACCUGAGAAAUGCUGGGCUGCUGAUGGAGAAGGAGGAGACGCUGAGCGAGCGGAAGACCAUCCACUACCUGAAGCUGAGCGCCCCGUGGGACGUGCUGGUGUACUACGCCGAGGAGCUGUGCAUGCGAGCACCCCUGCAGGCCCAGCCCAACCCGGACCGGAACAGCUCCGCCGAGGUCCUGCAGUGGCUCUGCAUCCCCAACGCCCUGCAGCAGCACGUCCCCAACAAGCCCGCCGACUAUUACACCUGCGCCUUCCGCAGGUCCAAGCUGGACAAGUUCCUGGGCAGCGACUCCCGGGACUCCUACUUCAGCAACACGCAGAGACAUCGCAUCGUCUAUGAGAUCCUGGCUCGCACCAUCUACGGGAAGCGGAAACGCGCCGAGAUCGGGAUCAACCGGCUGUUGAACGAGCGUGUGUACGCCGCUGCCUUCCCGCUGCACGAGGGCCCCUUCGAGACGCCUGAGUCUGAGGUCCCCGAUGAAGCCCUAAACCCUCGCCAAGUCCUCUACCGCUUCUGGGCCCAGUGGGGCUGCUGGUACCGGUACCAGCCACUGGAUCACAUCCGCCAGUACUUUGGGGAGAAGAUUGCCAUCUACUUCGCCUGGCUGGGCUUCUACACAGCCUGGCUGCUCCCUGCUGCGGCCGUGGGUACCGUGGUCUUCCUCGCAGGCCUGGUUGCCAUGGGAACCAACACGCCAGCGCAGGAGAUCUGCGAGAGCGGAGGCCAGUUCCUCAUGUGUCCGCUCUGCGACACGUGUGAGACCUGGAACAUCUCAGAGAUCUGCCCCAUGGCUAAGGUCGGGUACCUGUUUGAUCACCCCGGGACCGUUUUCUUCAGCGUCUUCAUGUCCUUCUGGGCCGUGACCUUCCUGGAGUACUGGAAGAGGAAAAGCGCCACGCUGGCUCACCACUGGGACUGCAUGGACUUCCAAGAGGAGGAGGAGCGACCCAGGCCCGAGUUUGCUGCCAUGGCCCCGCGGAUGGAGCAGAACCCCAUCACGGGGCUGAAGGAGCCGUACUUCCCCAAGCAGGACCGCCUCUCCCGCGUCCUGACGGGCUCCAUGGCCAUUGUCAUCAUGCUGUGCGUGGUGAUGAUCUUCCUGGUCUCCGUGAUCAUGUACCGGGGCAUCGUCAGCGUGGUGAUGUAUCACACGGGCAACGCCAUUCUCAUGACCCAGGCUGGGAACAUAGCGAACAUCAGCAGCAGCCUGGUGAACCUGGCGCUGAUCCUCCUCAUGAGCCAGGUCUACACCUCCCUGGCGGAGAAGCUCACCAGGUGGGAGAUGCACCGGACCCAGACCCUGCACGAGGACGCCUUCACCUUCAAAGUCUUCAUCUUCCAGUUUGUCAACUUCUACUCCUCCCCCUUCUACGUGGCCUUCUUCAAAGGCAGGUUUGUGGGGUACCCCGGGCAGUACGGUACACUGCUCGGCCUGAGGAACGAGGAGUGCGGCCCCGGGGGGUGCCUGAUCGAACUGGCGCAGCAGCUGUUCAUCAUCAUGGUGGGGAAACAGAUCAUCAGCAACGUCCAGGAGUUCGUCAUCCCCAAGCUGAAGGCCUGGCGGCAGAAGCGCAAGCUGGCCAGGGUGCGGGGCGCGCAGAUCAGCCAGGAGCCCCCGCGCUGGGAGGAGGACUACGAGCUGAUCGAGUGCGAGGGGCUCUUUGAAGAGUACCUGGAGAUGGUGCUGCAGUUUGGGUUCAUCACGAUCUUCGUGGCUGCCUUCCCGCUGGCCCCGCUCUUCGCCCUGCUCAAUAACUGGGUGGAGAUCCGCCUGGACGCCCAGAAGUUCGUGUGCGAGUACCGGCGCCCGGUGGCCUACCGCGCCCAGGACAUCGGGGUCUGGUUCCUCAUCCUGGAAGUCCUGGCUCAGAUCUCUGUCGUCGUCAACGCCUUCCUCAUCGCCUUCACCUCGGACUUCCUGCCCCGGCUCCUCUACCAGUACGAGCACGACAGCCAGCUGCAGGGCUACGUCAACUUCACCCUGGCCUACUCCCCCCCGCGCUACCUGGCCACCGGCAACCACACCCUGUGCAGGUACAAAGCCUUCCGGGAUGCCAAUGGGAACUACACCCUCUUCUACUGGAAGCUACUGGCCGUCCGCCUGGGCUUCAUCAUCGCUUUUGAGCACGUUGUCUUUUUCUUCCUGCGCCUCAUCGACUGGCUGGUGCCCGACGUCCCGGGGUCGCUGGAGCUGAAGAUCAAGCGAGAGCGCUACUUAGCCAAGCAGGCGCUGGCCGAUAACCAGGAGGUGCUGCUGACGGUGAGUCGCGACUCAGCUUCGCCAGCAAGCAGCCUUUCAUCCAGCAGCAUGAGCUAGCGGCGCCGGCUGGGAGCAGCCCCCGGGGGCUUGGCAGAUGGGAAGGCAGAGCUGGCUGGGGCCGGGCCCCCUCCACACUCGAUCAGGUGACUUGCCACUGGCAGGGCGGGAAGGGGCCGAACCGGAGCUGUCCAGAGGGGCCAGCAAAGCAGCAACGCCCCACAGACGACCUUCGACCUCCAGCGUGCCAGGGCGAGGCUCAUCGGACCCAGAGACGCGUGCCCGGCCUGGGUGUAGGUAAUGAGGCAGCUGGCGUGUGAGGAGUAUCCCAAGCCCGGAGGAGGAAGCUGGCGCUGGCUGCCGCUGCGCUCCUGGCUGAGUCGGCCCAGCGGGCCCCUCGCUCGCCCCCAGCCUGCGAACGCUUUGCUGCCUCCAAGAUGGGCGGUGAUGGGUCCAAGGCUGCUCACGCUCCAAGGCAAUCGGCAGUGGGGGCCCCAUGCGUCCGGCUGACUCUGGCCCAUGCCGCGAGACCCUCCUAAUCGCUGUGAGUGGGGCUGGCUGUCAGGUCAAGGUCACCCCGUUCAGAGGCGAGCGGCCCCGGGGCACAGAGCAGCAGCUGGAAGGGUGCACUGAGAAAUGCACUGCAAACGCGGCAACGCAAACGCCCCAGGGAGGAGCAGCGAGACCCCCCUGUUGUGCAUCCCCCCGCAUGCACACGGUUGGUCUGAGCCCCAGUGGGCCCAUCGCCCAAGGUGCUGGUGCAAUUUACGGCUCCUGUCACGGCCGCGCGGAGAUACCAGUGGGGACAGAGACCCUGUGCCGUCUUUUCCCUUCCUCCCAAGGCUCUCGGUGGAAUCAGUCUGUCAGCCCCAGCUCACAUCCCUUCUGGGCCAAGAUCGUCCAGAGCGGGCUGGGCUGGCCUCUCUGGGGGCUGUGGCUGCAAGGGGUGUGAGGCGGGCAGGAGAGGCAGGGGGCAACAAAUAGACGCCAGUGCUACACCCAGGCCUCUGUGUCUAUCACAUCCUGUCCCCAUGUCAGAACCAGGCUGUCGAUUUCUCCCACUUAGAAUGUUUGUGGAUUGACCCCACCCCGGCGAUCGUGAUGAGCUCAGGUCCUUCCCAAACUGGGCUACGCAGACC